AUGACGUCCUAUCCACCCCUUGAAUCGGUCCCGCCUUGCAGCAGCUCCGAUGAUCUCGGUCUCUUUUCCGCAGACCUUAUCAGUCCCGAAGUCGCAAGCUCACUACCCCCCACCUACAACAUCCGCGCUCUGAGGCGGGCCGACUACGCCCACGGCUUCCUCGACUGUCUACGUGCCCUCACCACAGUCGGCGAAAUCAGCGAGUCUGAAUGGAAUGAGCGGUACGAAUGGAUGAACAGUCAGGGUAAAGGUGGCUACUUCCUUUUGGUUAUCGAAGAUGCCGGCCGGAUCGUGGGCACGGGAGCUCUAAUUGUGGAGAGGAAAUUCAUCCACAAUCUAGGCCUAGUCGGUCACGUUGAGGACAUUGCCGUAGCAAAGGACCAACAGGGCAAGAAACUAGGCCUCAAAAUUAUUCAAGCGCUCAACUAUAUUGCCGAGAAAGUUGGCUGCUACAAGUCCAUAUUGGAUUGUAGUGAGGCGAACGAAGGCUUCUACGUAAAGUGUGGCUAUAAGAGGGCUGGCCUGGAGAUGUCACGGUACUACGACGAAGGCGCAAGCAAGAAUGUAUCGGCUUAG